AUGGGCCUUUUCGACAGCGCCGAUUAUCUCGCUCCUCGCUCCUCCUCAUACCACGGCGGUGGUGGCUCUCACUCUCGUGGCGCCUCACCCGCCCGCUCCUCUCGAGGCGGCGGCGGCGCAUUCGUCCGGCCUGGCGCAAACUCCUCGUCCAACGCACACCAUGCCCGCCCAGCCUCUGGAGCUUCCUUCUUCGGUGGCGGGAACUCUUCUCGUGGAGUCUUCUCCUCGGGCGGCUCGUCCAGUUAUUACAAACGCCGACCACGAGAUGGAUACAUUACGUAUCUCGUGCAUAGAUUGCAGCGCAUGAUCAAAGAGUUGUGGGUUUAUGCGAGGAGGCAUCCCGUAAAGGCAUUCUUUGCGGUAGUGGUGCCGUUGUUAAGCGCUGGAGGCGCGGUCGGAGGAUUGUUGAAGCAGUUUGGGGUUCGACUGCCCAUGGGAAUGAUGGAUGGUGGAGCUCGGAGAGGUGGCGGAGGAUACUAUGGCAGUGCGGGGUAUGGAGGGGGUGGAGAGGGUGGAGGAUGGAUGGAGAACGCGGGAGGAUUGUUGAGUGUUGCGAAGAUGUUUCUGUGA